GGAGAGCCCCCGGCGCCACCAAACACCGAGCUACCCGCUCUCGUCGGCUAGGCGGGGGCCACUAUCCCGGCGUCCUCCGCGCCGACCUUCCGGGCUGGAGCCCCUCUGGCCGGCGGCCUGCGUCUCUAUGGUCACUAAAUUUGGAUCAUCAUUUAAGUACUUGAAGUGAUCUUUUGAUGUUUCACUUUGCUUGUAACACGUCAUUAGCCACCCCAUCUUUUUAGAAUCUGAAUUUAUGUAAAACACAAGAUUUUAUUUGAGAGAGUGUGAGAGAGAGCACAGAGGAAGAGGGAGAAGCAGACUCUGCCAAGGAGGGAGCCCGAUGUGGGGCUUGAUCCUAGGACCCUGAAAUCAUGACCUGAGCCAGGGGGCAUACACCCAAAAAAGUGAGCCACUCAGGCACCCAUUACUCUGCUUUUUCAAGUUUACUGGCAUUUACUCUUUUAAGCGAAAUUUAGAAAUGUUUUGUGAGGUGCCUACAAGAAAAUCCCUUCAUGAUUUUAAUUAGAAUGAUACUAAAUUUAUAGGUUCCAUUUGAGAAGAAUAAUACCAUCAGUGUUUUCUUCUUACUCAAUAAAAUGCUCUGGCUCUUGUAUUAGUUAAGCUCCAUCAAAGAAGCAGAACUACUUUGCCUCCUAAAAAAUGCAAGAUUUAUGCAGGGGUUAGACCUGUAAUUGUGGGGGCUGCCAAAGCAGUCUGGUCAGACUCCUGCCUCUGAGUCUGUUGUUAAGCCUGAAGUGGUUACAGAUCAACUAGACAGACAUUGAAGAAGGAAAGGCGGAUGUGGAGGAGAGCAAGGACAGAAUGGAAUCUGCACUGGCUUCUCAUCAACUCCAGUUUUAUGCUGUGGGUGAUCGGCAGGAGAGGCUAGCACUCUUGACGCUGGGGUUGCACAUGCAGACCUGGCAUUUGGAGAAGCCGAAGGAGCUGCAGGCCAGCCCGUUUGCCCAUGCCAACAAGGAGAGCUAACAGAUCAUGUGCAAGCUCUACAGUGUGUCUGGCACUGGACUUGCAAGUGUGGCUUGCUGCCAAAUGUGGCUGCUGCUUCACUUCUGCUUCCCUGGUCUCACGCACGGUGCCUCCUACAGUCAUCACUACGAUGCAAGGAAGAACUAUAUAAGAACUUCACAAGGAAGGGAAUUCUGAAAAAUGUGCUUCCAGCUAAGCUGAAUCAAUAUAGUAUGAAGCCACCAGAGCUCUAAAGAACUGAUUGAUCUUUUGUGUUCUUUAAUACAACUUUGUUGUUUUCUUCAUAAAUAUUUCCUGUUUAGAUUAUUCCUUGAUGUUUGGGUUUUUAUUGCUGUUGUGAACAUUCUUUUUCCCAUUUUUUUCUUAUGAUGAUUGCUUGUAUAUUAUAAAGAUUAGUAUUUAUCUUGAAUUAGCCACCAUUUGCAACUUAAAUUCUUUUUUAAAAGGUUUUAUUUAUUCAUUUGAGACAGUGAGAGAGAGCGAUCUCAUGAACAGCGGGAGAGGCUGAGAGAGGGAGAAGCAGACUCCCACUGGGCAGGGAGCCUGACUCCGGGCUGAAUCCCAAGGGCCCUGAGAUCACGACUGGAGCUGAAAGAUCUGAGUCACUCAGGCACCCUGUGCAAUUUAAAUUCUAAUGGUUUUCAGUGGAUUCUCUUUAAUAGGCUGUGGGUUUACUUGCAAACUGAUGCAAUUACCUUUUUCUUCCUGGUGAAGUAAUGAUACAUUUUCUUUCCCCAUUCCCUCCCUCCCCCUCCCUUCCCUCAUUACUUAGAGUGAAACUGCCAGAACAAUAUUCUAAUAGCUAUACUGUUUCUAACUUUUAAGGUAAUGUUUCUUGGUUUUCAUCAUUUUUGUUUCUGAUAAACUAGUGUUUCUCACAAUGUUUAGUGAAUAUAAGAAUUACCUGGUAUUCAUACUUGCUAAAAAUGCAGAUCCCAGGAAUGGAUGUUACAUUUUACUAAAUGCCAUUGAAGUAUUUAAUUUGCAAUACCUGCUGGAUAACAGAUACAGUGAAUGAAGAUUUUUCAUGACUUCAUUCAACACUUAUUGAGCACUUAGUAUGUGUGAAAGGUAUAAUAAUAAACAAAGUAGAGUCCUUGCUCUCUGAACUUUUGUUUUCCUUCCUGAAAUGUGCACAGAGCGUAGAUACUUCAAAACAAGUCUCCUGGCUCUAAAGGUAUUACUUGCACCACCAUUUAAGCUUAGUUUCUUUGAGCUAACUAGGCCACUCUUUUUUUUUUUUUUUUUUAACAAUUUAGAAAUGAAUUGUAUUGCAAUGUGGUCAGAGAAUUCGGCCUGAACAUUUCCAGUUUUUAGAUUUUGUGGACAUUUUUCUUAUGGAUGAGCAAAUGGGUAGUUAACUUUUGUAAAUGUUUCAUGGACAUUUAGAAAGAAUGUGUUUUCCAUGUAAAAUACGUAAUUUUAGACCUGCGUAUGAAAUCAAAUUAUAUUAUUCAGAUUAUCUACACCUAUUUUUGGCUACUUGAUUUAAUUUGCAUAUCUUACUGUUUUGCUGUUUGUCACGUAUGCAUCUUCUUUUUUUUUAAGAUUUUAUUUAUUUUUAGAGAGCACAGGAGUGCGAGAGAGAGAGAGAGAAUGGGGGGUGGGAAGGCACUGAGGGAGAGGAGAAAGAUUUGCAAGCAGACUCUACUCUGAGUAUGGAGCCUGACUUUGGGCUCGAUCCUACGACCCUGAGAUCAUGACCUGAGCUGAAAUCAAGAGUCGGACGCUUAACCAGCUGAGCCACCCGGUGCCCUGGUGUCUUGGAAUGUAAACAAGAAUAAGUGGUUUGUUUCCUCAUGGCUUUUAGUAUAUACUGAUAUAUUGUCUGUGAUGGCAUCUGAGGCUGAGAAGACCCAUGCUUUACUCCAGUCUUGUAGCACUGAGUCUCUUAUUUCUAGCCUUGGUCUGGGGAUAUUUUGCCUGGUAGCCGACAGACUUCUUCAGUUUUCAGUAAUUCAGCAAAAUGACUGGCUUCGAGCUCUCUCAGAUAACGCAGUACAUUGCGUGAUUGGCAUGUGGUUGUGGGCGAUUGUCAUUGGAGUCAAGAAGACAACUGACUUUGGAGAAAUCAUUUUAGCUGGAUUUUUAGCCUCUGUUAUUGAUGUAGACCACUUUUUUCUAGCUGGAUCUUUAUCUUUAAAGGCUGCUUUGACUCUUCCACGAAGACCUUUUCUUCACUGCUCUACUGUGAUACCAGUUGUGGCCCUGACCCUGAAGUUUACUAUGCACCUUUUCAAGCUCAAAGACUCAUGGUGCUUUCUUCCCUGGAUGCUGUUUAUAUCCUGGACCUCACAUCAUAUCCGAGAUGGAAUUCGUCAUGGCUUGUGGAUAUGCCCAUUUGGAAAAACUUCUCCACUGCCAUUCUGGCUUUAUGUCAUAAUCACCUCCUCUUUACCUCACAUCUGUUCAUUCAUUAUGUAUUUAACAGGGACCAGACAAAUGAUGUCUUCAAAACAUGGAAUUCAUAUUGAUGUUUGAGGUAAUUGUAUGCCAGUCUUAGAGAAGCAAAUGGUUCAGACAAUGAUAAUUAAGGGUAGCUGACACUAUCAAAUGAAUUUUCAACAACAUAUUAUAUUAUUAUAAUUCCUGAAUCCUCUUGCUCAGGAGGCAUGUACACUUUUUUCUAAAAGAUUUUACUUAUUUAUUUGACAGAGCCAGAGAGCACAUGCAGGGAGAAUAGCAGGGGGAGAGGGAGAAGCAGACUCCCCACUGAGUAGGGAGCCUGAUGCAGGGCUCAAUCCCAGGACCCUGGGAUCAGGACCUGAGCUGAAGGCAGACGUUUAACUGACAGAGCCACCCAGGUGCCCCAGCAUGUACACUUAAAAAAUCAUAUCUUGUCAUAAUUCUGUCUUCUCUAACACUAGUACAAUAUUAGAGUUUCAUUUAUUCCAUGAUAGAGUUCUUUGAUGAUGUUUCUUCUGUUUACCUGGCUUUACUAAUAGCUUUAAUAGGUUGACAUCCAGUUAAGUUUUUCUGGAGGUAUUUGUUUAAGGCAGGCCACUUCAGGAGGAAAAACAGAUCAAAUCGUAGGGCAACUAGUUUGUAAAAAGUCAGCAUUUGUAUCAGCGUUUUCUUGAGAUACCGAAAUAGUGAAACAGCCAAAAUAAAUGAGAUCAUGAAUAAGAUGUAUAGUGAACACUCCCAUUUCUUUAUUUCAUGUAUGUUGAUCCUGAAGGAAGUUUGAUCAGCCAAGUACUUUAGAGAGUCGUGAUUAUUGGCAGAGUCUGUUUUGGUGCCCUUGUGAGAAAUAAUUUUCAUAAAAGAUACUAAUUAUAAUACUCAUAAAAGUUACUAACAGUAGAUCUAGAUUAUUGUUUCAGGAAUCACUUUAGGAAAUAAUUAUUGUAAUUUAAUGGCUGUAGUAACAUCCUACUCAAGUAUUAUUUUUUUAGUAUCCUUGCCCAAAACUCUCAUGUGUUAAGGUUUUAACUGUUCUGAAAAACAUAACUAAAUUUAGCAAAGUAUUUGUUAAAAAUUAACAAAAUAUUGAUACUUGGCUUAUAACCAUGCAAUUUGAUUUGGCACUAAAAAAGAUUUACCGGUAAUGUUGUUUCAAAUGUAAACUCCUGAAUGUGCCAUUAAAGUUGUUUUAGUUGCUAUCAAUUUAUUUGCUCACUUAUUUUAAAAUAUUAUAUUGUUAAGUAAUUUUAAAAAUAUCUGCCUGAUACUGAGAGACGAAACAUGUUUUUGAAAAUGAAGGGGUUUUAGGAAAUUUGCUUUUUCUUUGUUCUUUCAGGUUGAUCUGUUAAAAAUGAUUGACCUUUAUUAGAGAAGGAAAAUUUAGUUGCUGUGAAAUUUUACAUUUUCAUAGUUUAAUGUUACUGUGUUAUAAAAGUCAGUGCCCUGAAGACACUUGAUUUUUUUUUUUUUUAGUAUCCUAAGUACCAUUUGCUGUCUUGAGAUUUUCUUACACAUUUGUAAUUUGUAAUGCUAGUGAUUGUGUGCCUUAUUCUCUGAGAAAUGCUGAAGCAAUGCCUUAUCCAAAGCAUAUUUUUCUUAUUUAUUAAGUUAAAAAAAAAAGAGCUCUGUAAAUUGUUGUAAAAGUUCAUGUUCUUUAGUUUUUUGUUGUUGUUGUUGUUAACCAAUUGGCUGCAAUGUAUUAGAUUUUAUAAUCUGUUCUUUCGGGAGCAAUGAUUGUGUCAGUUUGGUUGGCAUAAUAUUAAAUAGCAGGGGUAAAUUUGAAUAAGGUAGAGUUUUUUUUUAAAUCUAUAAUUUCAGAAAUCCAUGGGAAUAAAGCAUAUAUCUUAUAUCACUUUUUCUGACUGAAUUAUAAAACUCUUUUUUCUUUCUCAAUAUUAAAGGAAUGCCAUUAAAAUAUACAGCCUUAUUUAAUAAUGUCACACUGGCAUUUUGGGGGCUGUCCUAACUUUUUGUAUUAGAAUGGAAAUUCACCUUGACCAUGACUCCUUGCCUGAACAAUAACUGCAGAUUUUAAGUGUGGGUUUAUCUUUAUUCCUGCUUCUCCCAUCAGAAAUGUUC